CAAACUUUCAAGCUGGCCGCCCGCCGUCAAGCCGGAGAAGAAAAGAAAGGAGGGCCCUCUCUAUGGAGCCUUCCCAGCUUCUCACUCCCGACGUGACGGCAGACGGGCAGCGAAGACAAAAGGGGAGCGAAUUGUCACCAUCGUCUAUCAUUGCAGAGUUAGCUUCUCCUGACUAGUUCCUGGCUUUCCUUUUCUGCACAAGCUCUCAGCCCGAUAUGCCACACAGACCAACGAUGGAUGCCACAUAACGCACCACAUAACGCAUCAAUGGCAUACAUCACAUCAAUACACACACACAACCAACACCAGCGUCUUCAGUAGAAGAUGCCCUUGCCUCCCAAUAUCACGAGAGCCGCAAUGAUCACAAAGAUGAUCUGUGCACACACACCAAACGCCCACACCAACACCAACACCACACAGACAGACAGACAGACAGACAGACAGAGAGUGAUGCAUGAGCACACUUGCACCCUCCCCCCAACGAGCGAGGCAAGCCAAUUCAUGAUCCAUCCACAUCCAUCCACCCGCUGACCAGGUAGGGGUUGCCUCUUGACUUGUUGGGAUUCGCACCCUGACCCUCCAGCUCUCUCAACAGCCUGCGCAUACACAACAGAGAGAGAGAGAGGAAUGGGCAGACAGACAGACAGACAGGCAGGCGGGCCCGUGAAGGACGGUCUUUCCUCUCCCUCUUGCCCUCACCUUUUCUUCAUAUCUGGGCUGAUCUCAGGCUUCCUUGGAGGGGGACGGGAGGGAGGGGGAGGCGCAGCAUCCACCUUCUUCUCACCACCACCACCACCUGCACAACACACCUCGCGCCCACACGCCAUGCACCAGAAUGGAAAUGUAUGAGUGCUCACAAUCUUCUUGCCCUGCAGUCCUUCUAGGGCACUGACCUUCCUUCGCCUGUUCAGCCAUCAGCGUCGUCUCAUGCGUCGUCUUCCAAAGAUGAACUGCGGCUGAUGGGCGCGGUGGCGAGAGCACGGCAGAUCUUCGUUGGAUUGAGUGUGCAGCGGGUGAUGACAGCACUGUCGGCCGCAUGAAUGCUGAGCGGCCUUCCACAGCCGCAGGGGCGAAGCAAAAGGCGUGGACCGCCAAGAGGCCGACGAAGGCCUUGCGGUGAAGAAAGACCAUUGAACCUUGAGAACGGCUGAGGCGCCCGCCACACAACAGCCGAAUCGUGUGUUUCGC